CCUGCGGCGGGUCCCGGAGGGGGGGAGCGCUGUGCGACCCUCGCCCCUUAUGGGGGAUCUGGGCUAUGGGCUCCUUCGGGACGGAUGGGAUGCCCAGCCUGACCCCCACCCUGGCGCAGCUCCAGUCCAAUGGAGAACCCAAUGCGACUUGCUCUGCAGUGCGGGGGAGGCGGUGGUCUCUGCAGCCCUCCCGGUAUGGCUGGGGAACGCAGUUGCCUGGCCCCCAUCCUCGCCUCGGUUCCAUGGAGACCCCCGUGGGCCCUCGCUCUGGAGGAGGGUGGUCUCUGGAGUCCCCCGGCAUGGAUGGGGAGCCCCCAUGUGAGCCUCAUCCCCGACCUGGUGCAGAGCACACCCCGUGCCCCCCUGCAGUGGGGGGAUCGUGCGACCCUUAUGCCUUUUGGGAAGGGGUCUGGCCUCUGGGUGCCCCUGCUGUGGGUGGGGAACCCACCAGCCUGACCCUCAUCCCCAGCCCGCUUCCAUGGAGACCCCAGUGAGAUCCUUGUCCCUCUUGUGAGAGGUGGUCUCUGGGUACCCCUGUGGUGGAUGGAGAGCCCCAGCCUGGUGCCCAUCCCUGUUGUGGGCUGGCACAGGGAGGCGUGGGGGGCAGCCCUCAUGGGGGACUGGGCUGGCUGUGCCCCCCAGCCCGGGCACAGGCUGGGCCCAGGGUUCAUGGCUCCUGGGAGGCCCUGAGCGCUCAGCCCAGCGGGACCUGUCCUUGCUGAGGGGCUGUACUGAGCAGUGACAGCAAACAGCCCUGGCAGCCUCUGCCCCAAAGCUCUGCCCGGGCACCACCCGCACUCGGCUCUCCUGUGUCCCCAGGGCCUCAGCCUUUAUGGUGCUGUCACCACACGCUGGAGCAAAGUCUGUGGGGCUCACAGCUGCUGCUCUGUGAACUGGAUAGCCUCUCUGACAGCCUUCCCCUGUGCGUGGGGGUGUCUGGAGCCUCCUCAAGGCCUCAUGGUGGUGUGUGUCCCUGGGCACCAUGUGCUGCUGUCGAGGAUCGGGCUCCAGGAGAGGAAGGGGCUGGAGCUGCCUUGGGCUGCUGCGGGAGGCCCCAGUCUGCUGAAGCCUCCCCAUGUGGGCAGGGUAGCUGUGGCCAGCAAGGUGCCCUGGGGAGCAUCAAGCACCUCCUGUGUGGUUGGUCGAGGUGGAGACAGGCCUGGCGAGGCAGGGAGCUGGCUGUGGUGUGUGCCCAGCUUGGGAAAAGGCCCUGGCAUCAGAUAUGCUGUGUGGGCAGAGGCAGCACUGGACGUGUCAGGUGAUGGUGGGAGGUAGGAUUUUCAACUGAGUGCUGAGGGAUGGUUCCUGGAGUCUCUUUUGAUGAGGAUGAGAGCUGCUUCAUUUGUGCUCUCCUCUGCUCCUGCUAUGCUUCCAGGUAUGGCUUUUGUUCUAGGCUGAAGCUUUUUUCCUUUUCAUUGCAGCUGCAAUCCCCUAGAAAACUUUUAAUCUGCAUUUUCUCACCUAACCCUGCCUAGCCUGGGAUCAAAGCUGGUGAUAAGAGCAUAGCCCUGUUGUUAUUGUGAGCUCAACCUUAUGAAAGGAAUAUCCUACAGAGCUGUAAUGACUAACCUGAGCCUCACAGCUCCAUAGUGCAUAUUUGCACAACCUCUUUUUCUCUCUGCACCUGCUCAUAUCCCUCUCCCUGUGAGUGCCCUUGCUUUGGAGGAUGACAGUGAGAAACACCAGAGUCUCCCACAUCUCUGGCAGCCAGAAGAGCCCAGGCUGAGCCCAUGGCCUCACUUUGGGGGCAAAGCCCAUUGUAUGAUAUCUCUGUGGGUGUCUUGUGGUCAGUGAUGCUGGGAUGCACAACUGUGAUGGACACAGAUGUGCUGGCAGAAGCCUUGCUGCAGAAGGGUUGUGGUCAAAGCCAUCCAAUGGAAGCAUGGAAUAGGCUACAGCUGUGACAAUGCAUUUGUUAGUUUAGCAAAGGCAGUGCUAAGGACUUGACAGGAUUUGUGUUUUAGUCUCAGUAGUAUUUUAUUAACUUCUGCUGGUGGUGCAGGUCAGGAAAUGGCAGUGUCUGAGAGCAUCCUCACCAGUCCUGCUGGCCAUGGGCUCUGGUGCUGUCUCCUGGCCACUUGCUGAGAGCCUGCUCUGCUGCCCAGCCCUGGGCAGCCCAAGGGGUGAGGAGUUGGUCUCUAGAUGGGGUGGGAUAUUGCUCUGCUCAUCACAGCCUUGUCAGGGCCACUCUGAAGAGCUGCAUGGGAGGUGAGGCCUCCCAGCACUGAGGUCCCUUUCCAGCACCUUGGUGGCAGGCACCUUACAGAGGGAUCUGGGACUCUCAGUGAGGCAGAGGAGACAGCUCACACUGUGUUUCCAGUAUUUUGGCUCUGCAGGGCCUUUUAAGGAAAAUUACAUGUUUUUCCUUCAAAGAUAGAUCCUCUCAGAGACUCUGCCCUUUUCUCUCUCUUCCCUGUGCAGUAAGGUUUAUUCACAGAACCACAGACAGAUUCGGGUUGUAAAGGACCUCUAGAAGUGUCUGGUCCAACUGACCUGCUCACAGCAAAGCUGAUUUGAGGCCUUGUUGUUCAGGGCUUUGUCCAGUUGGGUUUUGAGGACCUCCAGGCAGUCUGUGGCCUGUUCCCAGGCUGCAGCACUCCUCUGGACAGUCACCUGCUGUCCAUGCAGCUGUCCUCUCCAGCUGCUUGUGGGAUGUGCCAGAACACUUUUUCAGGUGUUCUGAUGCCUUCCUGCGGCAGUUGGGUAACAGGUAGACAGACUUGAUGACCAUCUGGUUUUCACCACUUCCAGGUCUUCUAUUUUUUCAAUCAUUGUCUUGGUAUCAUUAAGGCAGUUUGGACACACACUGCUCAAGCAUGCUGUACCUCCAAGCCUUUUUUGUUGUGCUUCUGAUAGUACUUCCAAAGCUUUUUACCCACUCACCCCUUUCCCCUGCAUUUAACCCUAUUUUGGCUGUACAAAUACCAGGAGAAUUUUCUCUUGGACUUGAUGGCUGAGUAGAGUUGGUUCUUGAAGCUGAAUUGCUCUCCAGAUAGCAUUGCUGCUAAGGGUGUACUUAGAUUUGUUACUCUUUUCUCUGUUGCACCACACUUAGUGCUUUGGGAGAUCCUUAGUGCUUUGGGAGGUCUUACAAGGAUAUGAGAGGAUCCAAGCCAUUUCAAACUGCUGCCAGGAUGGCGUUCUGGAUGGAUGAGGAUGCUCCUUUUGCCUGUCUUAGCAUUUACUGCUAUGGUUAGCAGCAGAUAAUGCUGAGAUUGAGGAAUGUUGUCAGUUUUAUUUGGAGUGUUGCAGGCAUUCUCCUGGUAAACGUAAUUCCAGGCCAUUCUGUGAGAUUUCUGAAAUUUGUCCUUCUUGCACUUUCUUGAAACUGAGGUGAAGUUUCUGGAAUGCAAGCUCAAAAUCCAGCUUGGUCAUUCCUGCCUUUGAGGAAUUUACAGGAGACUCAUGGCUGUGUGUUGCAGCACCAGCUGCUCACUGCUGGAGGAUUUAGGCUGUCUGGGUUCAGGGUGGCUGUGAUACUACAUUUGAGGCCUGCAGCCCUGAGCUGGGGCUCCUCCUGUAGGAAAAUCAAGUGAUGAUCUCCUUUCCUGGCUUUGGGGCUAUCAAAAAACAAUUGCUGGACUCUCAGUGCUGCUGGUGAAAUUCUGGAAAGGCCCUUUUUUCCCUGUGUACCAGUUACUGUUGUGUAGACAGUCCCAGUCACACAUGGAAACUGGCCUGAAGGGGUUGUGGUGAAAGCUGCUGCAGUUUGCACUGAUUGAGAACCAAUCAUACAUUUGGAGGUGGGACAGUGUUUGCCAAACCCUGCCUGCAAAGAACAAGGACUUGACCAGUGGCAUCUGCAGGAGCUGUGGCUGACUUGGAGUGAGUCACUGCAUGUAAAACCUCCAAGUCACAGAGGGUUUAAAGAUCCCAUGGUCAGUUGUUUAAUCAUGUGUUCACAAGCUUGUCCAGCUUUGAUUUCCAGCUUUUUGUGUCCUUGUGUGCAUCUGUCUGUAUCUCCAAGGAGUUGUCUGCUGUAGAUCUUCUUACUUUGUGACUUUUUUGAGAUGGGUCACAUCUCCCUGUUUUUUUUCAGGGAACAGAAUAGGUUUUGCACUGGAGGGUGUUCUCUAAACCACAUCUGAUUAUGUGUUACUGUGUCAGAGUUUUUUUUUUUAUUUGAAACAUCUCAACUCUUCCAAUAACUGUUAUCAAUUGUAAAUAGUACCCAAGAAUGAGACAGUGAUGGUCUAAGAUGGCACUGUGUGCAAGUAGCACUGUACUGAAUGUCACCAAGGCGGCUCUGUGCUUUUUGAGCUUGCAGCUCAGAGAGCUGCCUCUCCAAAACCACAAGUAAGUAACAAAAAUCCUUUCUGCUCCUUUCUGGAGAAUUUUGACUGGACUGGAACAUGGUCCACAGUAGUGUGCUUAGCUUACUGGUGAUUCUUUGUAAAUUCAUUUGAGUUGAAGUGAGUUAGCCAAUAUGUAAUAAAGGUUUGCAGUGCUUGAAUUUAGAAUGCUAUCAGCUGUCCAGAUAAACUUAGAUAAGUCACAGCAGAGAAGUUGGCUUCUGCUGUACUCACCACUCAAAGUAUAAUAUUGUUGAGUCUUACAGACCUUGUAGAUGGGAGGUGGUUGAAAUGUUCAUUUAAGUGUCUUUUGUAGUUACUAGUUAAUUAUUUUCAUAUUUCAAAUUAUCUCUAAUAGUGAAAAAUAUAAUCCUUCAGCCUUCAAAAAUAUUGAAAAUCUGAAUACACAUCCAUAAACCAAAGUCCAGGACAGAUACUCAAACAGUUCCUGUUCCUUUGCUAGAGGAGAGCAGUAACUGCAUGGCUGUGGGCUUUUUUUUUGUGGGCUGUAAAGACUUCUGAGAUGUUCUCUUCAUCAGGAGGGAGUAACAGCAGCUUUUUUUUUUUUUUUUUUUUUUUUUUUUUUUUUUUUUUUUUUUACUGUCUGUUUUUAUUAAAUGUUUGAUGGUCGAUCCUCAUUUCUGUAGGUAGGCCACGUAUUCCCCUGCUAAUGGUUACCUGAGUUACAGCACCACUGAUGUCUUUAAUAAGCUGGAUAAAGUCCCAGGUAGUCACUUGGAUGUGCUUUAGUGUCCUGGCAGAGAUGUUGCACUUUGAGCUUCCAGAUCUGAGGGAAGGUCCCACGUGCCCCUCUUUGCAGAAAGAGCUGGGCAGGUCUGGUGGUCACAGGUACUGGGUUUGGCCAUCAGUGUUGUGUUCUGUGCCAGUCCUGCACACCUGGGGAGGACCCCCAGCUGUCCCAUCACUUCUUUGGAAGUGCUUUCUUGCCACCUGAGAAGCAUUCUGCUGCAGACUGUUCUGCAGGAGACUUUGCUCCUUCAACUUGUUCUUCGCGAGAAUAUAUCUCUUACUGGAUACUCCAGGGAGUACUUACUCCUAAGUGAGGAGUUCCCAAAUGCUAUAUGUGCUGCUAAGUGCAGGAUUUCAGCACACUGCCUCCUCUUGGUUUGGCCAAGUCAUGUUGCACUGUACUCUCCUUGCUGCCAGUUAUGUGGCUGGAAAAGAGGAAGAUUUUGAGCAGACCAGUGACCAACCCCAGUGACUGAGCUGUGCAUUAGCUGAUCCUGGAAUAAGAGAGGUGAUGACUUGUGGUGGAUCAUUUCUGCACCUGCCAGAAACAAUAAGCUAUUCUGUUUCUGUUGUGGAAAGUGAGAAAAGACUUUACCAGAGAUAAAGUGCACGCUCUGUUUGCAGCUUAACUCACUGUGAAGCUCAACAGAAGGCCCAGACAAAUCUGACUGCCUGGGGCAGACAGAAGUAGAGCUUCUUACCUUGCUGCAGCAGAGCAGCUCUAAUUUCUUCAGGUUGAGUUUGAUUUCAGAGCAACCCACAGAACUGGAAAAUACCAUUCUUUCCUAUUUUAAGAGCCUCCUUCCUCAUUCUUAUCAGCUGGUAGUUGAAAGCUACUAUAAAGAAUUCAUUGUCAGGGACAUUCUGUGCUUUCCCACUCACACUGUUUGUCAGCAUCACCUUGGGUCCAGCCUCAACUCUUAACUCCAUCAGCUUUUCCAGAUUCUUUUAAAUAUAUCAAGAGUUGGCAUUCAUCUGCCCUGUACCAUCUUGCAGCUCUGCUGCAGCAGGUUGAAAAUAAACAAAAGGAAAAUAUUUCUAAAAACUGAGUGUUAAACUGCAGGACUUAAAACCACUGGAAUUUUAGGAGGUCCAAAGUAUAAAUUGGUUCAAAGUGGGAUUAGGCAGAUUCACAGAGGAUUUGCCCAGUACAGAUUCUUAACAGGGACAUUGUCAGUGCAGCUCAAGCCAAGUGUGAUUCUUCAGCAGCUGAGUGCGUGACUGGGGAUGUGCUGAAGAGGAACAUCCUGUUAGUUGUGUUUCUUAUACUCUCUCCCCAGGUAUCCAUUCCUGGUGUGAACAGGAACAGAAUAUUUGAGCACAUGGUCCUUUCAUUGGACUGACUGCAGCAGUCCUUAGCUUUGCACAUCCUAGGAAGUUUUGGUUCCUUCUCCAGAAUGUGUGAGCUGUUCUGCUGGGAGGAUUCAGAUAGAGCUGAUAAGAGGGGACAGGGCCUCGAGCACAGGGGGCUUCCAAAGUGAGUGAGUGCUCUUACUGCAGCCUUGCCUCUGCAGAGAGGUCUGUUCCAGCUACAUCCUGAUAGUUUGGAGUUGCCUUAAUCUGCGGAAUACUUCUUCUCUUUCAGACUUUUCUGUUGGUCAGGCAUGUUGCCAUUAAGUCAGAGUUUUGUCUUGCAUUGUUUCACCCAAAGUUUGAAAGCAGUGUUAAGGUGUACACUGUUAAACCAGAUGCCUUUGGUAAUAUGAGUUACAGGGCAAGAUUGUAGAUUGUUGCUUGCAUUGUGCUCUGGAGGGAAUGCCCAGAUGGAUUUCUUAUGCUCCAAAUGUUUCCAGGGUCUAUUUCUACCAAGCAAAGGCUAGGCCAGCUGAAAGUGGGAAUUACUUUAGGACCUUAGUGGUUCAUUGCAAACUUGUGCAAAGUGUCUGAGGUCAUUCUGAGGGGUAUUUUUGCUCUGUUAAGUAUACCUGUAAAUAAAUUUUCCUUCAUCUGGAUGCUUUGAGGUUUUUUUGCUUGUUAUUGUAGGGCUUGCUGUCUGUGAAACUGGGUGGGGAUAUCUUUGAGCAGGAGAUAUUGCUCAUAUUCUGAACAGCAGGAAAAAAACUUUAUCAUCUUGGAAAGGUUCUCAUCUUCUUCAAAUCCUUAGGACCUUUCUUUCAGAUGUCUUUGUUUCUAUUUCACUUUGUUCUUAUUUUUGUCAGCCAGCCUAAAGCAUGUUUUAGAUCCUGCAUUGCUCUGGAAUUGACUUAUUCUAAAAGUUUUGUCUCGUCUUGUAACUAAAAGUGAACAGAAACACCAGAGUCUUUGGGGGUGAAACUUGCUGAGCAUUUCUAAAGAUUACAUUUGCUUUAGUUUCUGAUUGGGAUUGUGGGAAUAGUGCUUUAUCUGCCACCAGGAAACAGAAAACAUUACUGUGUAUUUAGAUAAAAUACGGAGGCGGUGGCUUUGAAAUCCAGUUGUUGGGUAUGAUUUCCUUAAAUUCCUGCUUGUCUAAGUUUCAGAAGCUGGGUGCCUUCUCUGUCCAAGUGUGUUCUAUUUAGUUCUGAGCAAAUCAUUUGUGAGUGAAAAUUUGCUUGUCCUUUCAGAGGUAAGGAUAUGAAAAAAGAGUUAAACAGCCAUCAUCAGUGAAAUUAAAUCAGGCUUCCUCCUUCAUUGAUAUAGAUGAGUUAUGCCCACUGUAAGGCCAAAUAAACAAAAGUACUGUGUCUUCUCACUCAGGGCUUAAAACAGUGCUAAAUUUAGAAUUGGAAUUACUCUGAUAGGAAGGGCUAGGUUGCUGCCACAUCAUUUGAUUCUAGUGCCUUUUUUGUAGUGUCUGCUUAGAGCCUGUUUGGGGACAUGAUGUUAUUUCAAGUCUUACACUGCCUUCCCACUUGCAGACUCCAACUCCUUCUCCCUUUCCCUCUUCAGGUUUGUCAACCAUUAUCUCCUUGUGGGGGUAUAAUUCAGUUUUAGACCACAUUACUUGCCUCAUCUCUAAGUCUUGACCUUUCUGUCUUAUGAUGAUGUCAACCAUGAGGAUCUGGGCUGUAACUUGCCCUCUGAGGUUGGCAGUCUGCAUCACACCUUCCUGUUCAAGUCACUGUUUGUGCCCUGCAAAGUCACAGUAAUCUUUUUUCCUGGCUCUGCAUUGCCUGCUUGUGUCUAUCUUGCUACUUGUUCUUCUUAUGACUGCUUUUAACAUCAGAGCUUUACCACCUUUCUUCUUGCCACCCUCCAGAACUCCUCCUAGUUCUAACUCAAGCUUUUCCAGUUGUUCCAUGUCUGAAUAUUAGCCUAUGUAAUUUGGGGCUAUGCAGUAGCUGUAGUUAUACUGUAACAUUGUUUAUAUCUGUCCUCUGACAGGAUUAAUGCAUAUUGUCAUCCUGUGUCUUGUUAAGACUCACACUUCAGGGCUUGAAAGGAGUUAUUUCUACCUCUAUGUUUAAGAGAAAAAAGGUAUUUUAAAAGUUAAAAAUGUGUUAGCUCCAUAAGAACAGAUCAGGAGAAAGGACAGACCAGAUUAUUCGGAUAGAGAAGAAGGCAGGCUGGGGAUAUUACCACAGAAUAUUGGUGUGGAGCCUCUGAUACCCCAAUGUGUCAUUUAGCAUAAGCAAGUUUCUUUGCUGUGCUGGGUGAGGUGUGUGAGGGCUGUAGAGUUCCCAAAGGUCUGUUAUACCAAACUGCUGCAUCGUGCUGCUGACUUUUGUACCCUCACGAGUAGAGGUGAUUCACCUGCUGGUGUCUGGUGUCCUGGUUAUGGCCUGGCAGCAUUCCUGGGCCUUGUUUUACUCCUGCAGUGUUCAGAAGAGUGGACAGUUCAUGUUCUAUGUUAGACUGCUUUUCAUUAACUUGCAAGUCUCUCUCUCAUUUCCAGUUGCCAUCUUCUAAAUGGAUUCCAGUGAAUUUUCAGGAUCUCUGGACCCCCUGUCCUUGCCUGACAAACCGCUCAUUGGUGAUCUCCCUGCUGACAUGGAGUUUGGUGAAGAUCUCCUGGGCUCCCAAACAGCUUCUACCCAGGAAGUUUCAGUUCUUCAGCCCCCUGGCUGGGAUCAAUCCAAGCAGAUGACUUCAGAUGAGGACUUGGACCUUGUAGUGAAAGCAGACAGCGUGUCUGAACUAAAUAAAUCAAAUGACUGUGUUCUAGAUAAACCUGGUGUCUUGGAUAUGCUGGAGAAACCUGGUGACAGGGAUGAUUUGGGUAAAACCUCUGACUUGGUGGAUAAACCAGAGGGUCUGGAUGGGCUGUGUAAGGCACAGCCUUCCCAGGACGUGGAGGGUGGACCAGCAGACUCCUCUGCCUUGUCUAGAGAAGCUGUUGGUCCAGAAAUGGGGAAAGAAGGGGAGAAUGCACCAAAAAAUUGUUCUGGGGAUGUAAAGGAAGAUGGUGCUGCUGCUAUUCCUGCACUGUCUGGUGACAAUGCCCCUGAAUCACCCCACCAACCUGUCCCUGACUCCAGGGACCUCAGCAGUGCCCCGGCCAAGGAAGAAACCACAGCACAGUCCUCAAGUCCCACAGUGCCCCCUCCCCAACUCAGUCUUAAACAAACAAAGAAGAUGAAGUUGAAGGCGCCAAGGAAAAGCUCACCUUUGCAGAGGGAAGGGCUGGCAGGGGAGGCAGAGGUGCAGCUGAGCCCAGACAACAGAACUGCAGCUUUGCCCCCUGAGCCUGUGGAGAAAACCCGGGCAGAGGAAGGGGAUGAUAAUGGGAAGAACUCACUUAAAGAAAACAGUGUACUCAAAGCACAGGAAGUCUUACCACCAGCAGGGGAAGGCCUGUCUGGGAAGGGAAGCGAGCUGCCGGCUGAGAAGGAGCAGAAAAGAAGUGAACGACCCAGAAGAUCAGAAACUGUCAGGCCUGAGACUGUGAACUCCUCAGAGAGCAUUCCAGUGUCUGACGAAGACUCUGAUGCGAUGGUGGAUGAUCCCAACGACGAGGAUUUCGUCCCUUUCCGGACGCGGCGCUCCACGCGGAUGUCGCUGCGCGCUCAGAUGGCGCAGCGAGCCGCCCGCUCCUCCUUCACCAAGAUGACGUGUGCCAACUGCCGGACCCCGCUGCAGAAGGGCCAGACUGCCUACCAGAGAAAAGGCCUUCCUCAGCUCUUCUGCUCCAGCUCCUGUCUCACCACCUUCUCAAAAAAACCGCCUGGCAAGAAGAUAUGCACCUUCUGCAAAAAGGAGAUCUGGAACACCAAGGACUCUGUGGUUGCCCAGAUUGGUUCAGGUGGCUCUUUCCAUGAGUUCUGCACCUCUGUCUGCCUUUCCCUCUACGAGGCCCAGCAGCACAGACCAGCACCUCAGUCUGCAGAUGCCUCGGACACCAGCCGCUGCAGUGUUUGCCACAAACCUGGCGAGAUCCAGCACGAGGUCAGCAAUGGGAACGUGGUUCACCGUAUCUGCAGCGACGCCUGCUUCACCAAGUUCCGGGCCACCAAGGGGCUGAAAACAAACUGCUGUGACUACUGUGGACUUUAUAUCUACAACAAGGGCUUGCCCCUGGAGUACCUCUUCCAUGAAGGCCAGCAAAAACGCUUUUGCAACUCUGCGUGUCUCAACAGUUACAAGAAGAAGAACACUCGGGUCUACCCCUGCAUGUGGUGCAAGACGCUGUGCAAGAACUUUGACAUGCUGCCCAACGUGGAUCGCAGUGGCAAGAUGGGCCUGUUCUGCUCCAUUUGCUGCACUACCUCCCACAAAGUGAAGCAGUCAGGCUUAGUUGGUCCCCCUAGACCCUGCAGCUUCUGCAGAAAGAGUUUGUCUGAACCCUGCUAUUACAACAAGACAGACCGGGUUGUCUACCAGUUCUGCAGCCCCAGCUGCUGGACCAAAUUCCAGCGCACCAGCCCAGAAGGUGGGAUCCACCUCAACUGCCAUUACUGUCACAAUCUGUUCAGCGGGAAGCCGGAGAUCCUAGACUGGCAGGACAAGGUGUAUCAGUUCUGCUGCAAGGACUGCUGCGAGGACUUCAAGCGGCUGCGUGGGGUGGUGUCUCAGUGUGAGCACUGCAAGCAGGAGAAGCUGCUGCAUGAGAAGAUCCGUUUCUCUGGAGUGGAGAAGAACUUCUGCAGCGAAGGGUGUGUGCUUCUUUACAAACAGGAUUUCACCAAGAACCUGGGCCUGUGCUGCAUCACCUGCACCUACUGUUCUCAGACCUGCCAGCGGGCGGUCACCGAGCAGCUGGAGGGCAGCACCUGGGACUUCUGUAGUGAAGACUGCAAAAGCAAAUACUUGCUCUGGUACUUCAAGGCAGCUCGGUGCCAUGCCUGCAAGCGUCAGGGGAAGCUGCUGGAAACCAUCCACUGGCGGGGGCAAAUCAAACACUUCUGCAACCAGCAGUGUCUGCUGCGAUUUUACAAUCAACAGAACCAGCCCAACCUGGACACGCAGAAGGGGCCCGAGAGCCUGCUGAACAGUCAGACUUCAGAGCCAAAACCAGCUGUCCCUUCCACACAGAAGGCAGAAACUAACAUGCUGUCAGCAAAGGCCUCCUCAGCCCAAACAUCUCCAGCUGUGCCACCUCCCGCCCCACCUCUGGUUCCAGCCACCCCUCGGAAAAACAAAGCUGCCAUGUGUAAACCCCUGAUGCAGAACCGGGGUGUCUCCUGCAAGCUUGAAAUGAAGUCCAAAGGAUGUCAGACAGAGGCUGACUGGAAGCCCCAGCUGGUUGUGUUGCCAAUCCCCGUCCCGAUCUUCGUGCCUGUGCCUAUGCAUAUGUACUGCCAGAAAGUACCUGUGCCUUUCUCCAUGCCUGUCCCGGUGCCUGUGCCAAUGUUCCUGCCCACCACACUGGAGAGCACAGAGAAGAUUGUGGAGACCAUUGAGGAACUGAAGGUGAAGAUCCCCUCCAAUCCCCUAGAGGCUGACAUCCUGGCUAUGGCUGAGAUGAUUGCAGAGGCUGAGGAACUGGACAAAGCCUCCUCGGACCUGUGUGACCUGGUGAGCAAUCAGAGUGCAGAGGGUCUCCUGGAGGACUGUGAUCUGUUUGGACCAGCACGGGACGAUGUGUUGGCUAUGGCUGUCAAGAUGGCAAAUGUCCUCGAUGAGCCGGGCCAGGACCUGGAGGCUGACUUCCCUAAGAACCCUCUGGACAUCAACCCCAGUGUGGAUUUCCUUUUUGACUGUGGGCUGGUGGGACCAGAUGAUGUGUCCACAGAGCAAGAUCUGCCUCGAGCUGUCCGGAAGGGGCAGAAGCGCCUGGUGCUCUCUGAAAGCUGUUCCCGGGACUCGAUGAGCAGCCAGCCCAGCUGUACAGUGCUCAACUACUCGUACGGUGUGAAUGCCUGGAAGUCCUGGGUACAAGCCAAGUAUGCAGGGGGAGAAACCAGCAAGGGAGAAGAGCUACGCUUUGGCCCCAAGCCCAUGAGGAUCAAAGAGGACAUCUUAGCCUGCUCAGCAGCUGAGCUCAACUACGGCCUGGCGCAGUUUGUCAAGGAGAUAACCCGGCCCAAUGGGGAGCGCUAUGAACCGGACAGCAUCUAUUACCUCUGCCUUGGCAUCCAGCAGUACCUGCUCGAGAACAAUCGUAUGGUGAAUAUAUUUACAGACCUUUACUACCUGACCUUCGUGCAGGAGCUGAACAAAUCCCUGAGUGGCUGGCAACCCACAAUCUUACCAAAUAACACAGUUUUCUCCCGUGUCGAGGAGGAGCACCUCUGGGAGUGCAAACAGCUGGGUGUUUACUCACCCUUUGUGCUUCUCAACACCCUCAUGUUCUUCAACACCAAGUUCUUCGGGCUGCAGACUGCGGAGGAGCACAUGCAGCUCUCCUUCACCAAUGUGGUGCGUCAGUCCCGCAAGUGCACCACGGCCCGUGGCAUGACAAAGGUGGUGAGCAUCCGCUACUAUGCUCCUGCCAAGCAGAAGAAAAGCCGAGAUGGCGGCUCUGGAAAACGGAAGCGUGAGGAGGAGGUACCGAUGCUGGAGCAGCGGGAGAACAGGAUGAAUCCCCUCCGAUGCCCAGUCAAGUUUUAUGAGUUUUAUCUUUCCAAAUGUCCCGAGAGCCUGCGGAACCGCAGCGACGUGUUCUACCUGCAGCCCGAGCGGUCGUGCAUCGCCGAGUCCCCGCUCUGGUACUCGGUGAUCCCCAUGGACCGCAGCAUGCUGGAGAGCAUGCUGAACCGCAUCCUGGCCGUCAGGGAGAUCUACGAGGAGCACAGCCGGCUCAGCAGCCUGGAGGACGACGUGGACUAAGGCAGAGGUGCUGCUGGACUGGCUGCACUCCAGCCCUGGACACCUCAUCUUGCUGCUUCCCAUUGCAGGGCAGGGGCCAUGCAGCAUAGGAAGGGAUGGUGCUGCAGCAGUGCUGUCCCUACAUCAUUACCAGACUUGGACCUCCCAUCCUGCUCGUUACAGGCAUCCCCUACAUACGUGGCCCCCACACUCAGCUCUGUCUCCAGUUUUGGCUGCUGGGUGAGCCAUCUUCCCCCAGGGUCUGUUCCCAUGGCACAGGAGUGGCAGAGUCCCUGGUGCAGCUCCCCUUGCCCAGCCCUGCCCCUCUCUCCCCAUGCCCCAGGGCAGGAAUUGCACAAAAUACAUUGUCCCAUUGGACCAGUGGCCCCCAAAGCUUUUACUUCCCUCUUCCUUUAGCAUUCCCUCACAAGGCUGGAGGUAUCAAGGCAGGAACAGUAGCUCUGCUUCUCGGGCAGGAUUGUCUUUUCAAGCCAGUGGGCAUGGGCCACGUGCAGCCUGAAAGCUGUUGGGUCAAGGGGAGAACUUUUGUCGCAGGGUGGGAGAGAUUUGGAUUGGUUGCAGGGAGUGGAUAGAGCUCCCACUGGAAUUUGUGGGCAGAGAUCUGGCCUCGCCACAGGGAUACCUCCCUUGUGUGCAGCCAGGAUGCCUCCCUCUCUUUGGUCAGUGUUUUCUGAGUCUGCUGAAAACUGAUGGAGAUGGGUCCGUACUAGUGCUGCCCCUCUCUCCCCUGUUCCCUGUCUUGGUGUAAGGACCCUCCCCUGUGCAAGGUGCCGUCAGUGGAAACCUCUGCUCCAGCCAGGGGCCCAGGCAUUUGCUGGCAGAAGCAGGGAGCCCUGCCUGGCUUCCCCCUCCCUCCCACAGCCACAGGCUGCCACCACCCUGCCCAGGGCAAGUCUGGCUCCAGCUGUGCCACUCCGUGCUGCCUCCUGCCCCUUCUCGUGUUCUGGUCGGUUUUCUUGAGCUGUACAUGGGUCUCCUGUUGAGCCUGUAUAUAUUGUUCUGGGCCCUGGCCUGGGGCCAUCUGUUCUCUGUGUCCAUGUGGAGAGUGAGCUGCUCACCAGUCUUGUUGUAGUGAUGCCAGGGCAGUAGGACUAACCCUGUGUCUCUGGAAACCAUUCAUUUCAAAUAAAGAUGUGGAAAACUU